AUGAUUUAAAUAUUAAUAAUAACAACAACCAGUAUUUUAACUUUGAGAAAGAGUAGGAGUAAUAUGAAAUUUUAAAUACACUCUAUAUUUAAGCUAAUUAAGAAUUACCAUAUCUUGAACAAACUCAAAAUGAAGAGAACUAAAAAAUAUUAAUUGCAAACUUAAUUAAUUGUAAUAGUCUCCCAGAUAAAUGUUAAUUUAAUGAAAUAAACUAAUAAUUUCACUAAUAAGCUACAUCUCUAAGCGAAUAUAAUUCUUAUUUUUUAGAAAACAACUAACUAAUUUAAAAUUUAAAUUUCUCUUAAUCAGUAGAAUAAAGGUUCAGCAAUCAAUAUGAAAUAAGAUGAACAAAAAACUAUGGAAAGUCUCAUAAAAGAAAAGGUUGAAAAACAAUCUGAGUUCUCAUUAAAUUUAAGCUUUUCUAAAUAGAUAAAUAGAUCAUACUUAAUGGGAAGGGCAAAAAUAAAUCAUUGA